AUUUUGUUAUUUGCAUCACUAAUGCGAUGUAAUCAACAUGCCGCUGUAGUGUCAAUAUUGUUUAUAAAUAUUUUAAUCCGAUCCACAACGAUGUCGGAACAUAAUGAACAAGUUAGUAUUGAUAGCCAUUGGCUGAACUGGUGUAGGCUAUGUGCCAAGGAUGACAUUGGCGGAAAUGUGAGAGUGUAUACCAGCGGCAAAGAAAAUACAUGGAACAGUGUUUUGAUAAUGGCAAUUAGAAAAUAUUUUGAUGUGCAUAUGCGAAUGGAGGAUGAGUUGAGUGGGGUGCUCUGCAAGGAGUGCUAUACAUUAAUAAGCGAGCUAAUCGAUUUCGCUGAACACGUCAACAAGGUGCAGGUAAUCUUUGAGGUGUUGCGCAGCUCGGAGCCCCACAAACAGCUGGACGUGGAUGCUCUGCGACAGCAGUAUGGACUGCGAGAUGGUCAGUGGACGCAUAUCAUUAAACCUGUGUUAGAAAUGGAGAGAAACAAUGAGGCCAUAGAAACUCCGAAUGCGUUGCCAAAACAAGAGUUUGUUGAGGGCGAAAAUGAGCACUUGCCAAUUGAGGAGAUUAUCAUUGCCGGCGGAGAGGACACUAAAGACGACGAUGUCAAAAAACAGCGUGGCAGAGGAAGACACAAAAGGGAGCACAGCCAACAGCAGGCAGCCACUAAAGCCGAGAGCAGUGAUAGUGAUAAUGAGAAACCAAUUCAAUUAAGUCUCGAUGCUGAGUUGACGUUACUGCCCCAAGCUGGCAGUUGUUCCUCUACGGAACCAUGUGAUUUUCUAAGCAGCAGCGAUGUAGACGAAGAUGUCGAGUUAGAAACGUCAUCGAAGCGCCGUAAACUGAAGUGCAAUUGGUGCUCCAAAGUGUACUUAAAUCCUGCCUCCUAUCAAAAGCAUUUGCGCGUUGGUUGUCGCAAGAUCGAGCAACGCACCAAAAUGGAUAAGAACACCUAUUGCGAACUGUGUGACAAGACGUUGUCGUCGGCAGGAGCAUUAAAGCUUCAUAAAGAAGGCAUGCAUGAGAAUGCCAAGCCCUUUAUAUGUGAUCAUUGUGGCAAGCAACUAAAGACAAUUACAGCAUUAAAUGAACAUCUUCUGGUCCACACCGAGGAACGUCCUUUCAACUGUUCUGUCUGCAAAGCGGCAUUCAAAAACAAGGCCAGACUGAAGAUGCAUUAUCAAACGCACGAGGAACCAAAUUACAUUUGUAAUGUGUGUGGGAAAAAGUUGCAGACACGGCGUACUUGGAAUAUGCACAAAUUGGUUCAUAGCGAAGAUCGCAAAUUCAAGUGUGAUGUUUGCGGUGCUUUGUUCAAGCGGUCGAAAACACUUAAGAGACAUUUGAUUAGCCACACAGGACUGCGGCCAUAUGUUUGUAAAUACUGUAAGAAAACAUUUGCAUGUAAUGCAAAUUGUCGAGCUCACAAGUUGAAAAAGCAUCCGAAUGAACUGCAAAAAAGAGGAUAGUGGCGAUUCACCAGCGAGACUACAAG